CAGCUCAGACACCCUAGAGACCAAGAUAUAGCUAAAACCCAAAAAAGCUUAAACGUCCCCCAGAAGCUGAAGCGCUUUAAGCUUUAGCUAAGCUCCCAAGUCCACUCACUUCGCAAAGCCCAGGUUCCUCAAAACCCACAGAAACACGGUAACCACUACGAUGGGUGGUAAUGGGAAGCACAGGUGGAAGAUCUCCUUCUACCGCUCCACCUCCUCCGGAAAGCAGCCGCCCAAAGAGUUCCUCUGUCCUAUUUCCGGGUCUUUAAUGUCCGACCCGGUCAUCGUCGCCUCCGGCCAGACAUUCGAGCGCCGCUCCGUCCAAGUCUGCCGCGAAUUCGGCUACGCGCCCGAGCUCCCCGACGGCACCCGGCCCGAUUUCUCCAACUUAAUCCCCAACAUGGCAAUCAAGACCACCAUCCUCAAUUGGUGCGACCAACACCACUCCGACCGCCCCCACCCGCCGGAUUUGGCCUCCGUCGAGAAGAACGUCCGGGCCCUGAUGGAGGACAGCAGGGUCGAUCAGGGAAUUAGGGUUUCCGAGAGGGAAUUGCUUAAAGGCGUGGCGGAGCGGCCGCCGAUUAUGUUCUCACACGCCGCCACCGAGCUCGGCCGCGGCCGCGUCGACCAUUUCUACUCCAGCUCGUCGGAAGAGUCCGUCGUCAUCGCCUCCCCAAGUCCUUACACUCCUCUUCCCUUCGCGACUCGGCCGUCGUGUUACUCCUCCUCGCCUUCUUCCUCUGAAAUUGUCGAACUCGAAACCCUAAAUCCCAAUUCCAAUUCCAAUUCCAAUUCCGAUUCGAUUCAUUUAAGUGCGGAGGAGGAAGAAUUGAUGACGAAGCUCAGUAGCUCCGUCAUAGUCGAGCAAGAAGAGGCGGUGAUUUCACUGAGGAAGCUGACCAGGACGAAAGAGGAGCUCAGGGUUUCGCUCUGCACGCCGCGGCUGCUCUCGGCCCUCCGAUCUCUGAUCGUCUCGCGCUACAGCACCGUCCAGGUCAACGCCGCCGCGUCGCUGGUCAACCUCUCGCUGGAGAAGCCGAACAAGGUGAAGAUCGUGCGGUCGGGAUUCGUCCCGCCGCUGGUCGACGUUUUGAAAAGCGGAUCCGGCGAGUCGCAGGAGCACGCCGCCGGCGCGCUCUUCAGCCUAGCCUUGGAAGAAGACAACAAGAUGGCGAUCGGAGUCCUCGGCGCGUUGCCGCCGCUCAUGCACUCGCUGGUAAGGUCGGAGAGUGAGCGCACGCGCCACGACUCGGCUCUGGCGCUCUACCACCUGACGCUGGUGGAGAGCAACCGCAUCAAACUCGUGAAGCUGAACGCGGUGCCGACGCUUCUGGCGCUGUCGAAGGCGCCCAGGUCGGCGGGUCGGGUUUUGUUGAUACUGUGCAACCUGGCGAUCUGCGGCGAGGGGAGGUCGGCGAUGCUGGACGCGAACGCGGUGGAGUGUUUGGUCGGGAUGCUGAGGAGGAACGAGUUGGACUCGGAGUCGACGCGCGAGAACUGCGUGGCGGCGCUGUACGCGCUGAGCCACGGGUCGAUGAGGUUUCGGGGGCUGGCGAGGGAGGCGAAGGCGGUGGAGGUGUUGAGUGAGGUGGAGAAGAGAGGGAGCGAGAGGGCGAGGGAGAAGGCCAAGAGGCUGUUGAUGAUCAUGAGAGGCGGCGGCGGAGGAGGAGGAGGGAGGGCGGACGAUGGUGAGCCGGAUUGGGAGGGGGUUUUGGAUUCGGGUACUGGAGUUGGGCUCGGCGCGGGAACCCGGUACCGAGUUGGGCCUGGUAGGAGCUUGCAUGCUGCCAACUCAACUACCUUUUAGUUUUUUUUUUUUUUUUUUUUGAAAAAAAAAAAGAAGGUUGUUUUUUUGGUUAGGUGUAGGGUUGUAAAUUAUUGUUUCAAUGAUGGAAAUGGAAACCAAUAAAAAGAAAAUGUAAUAUUUGGUGAGUCAUUGGUUGGUAUCAUAUGAAGGGGGUUGUGUACA